UCAACAAAAAACAGUUGUCCUUUGAAGGGAAAAAUUUUAAAUUUUAUCUGCAAUAAAUUAAUUGGUCGGACUUCGCUAAAGCCUUGGGAUGAACCGAGAAUGAUUUUUAAGAACGAUGUCGAAUCUCCAAAAAUUGGCGAAACCCGACGAAAAUCGAAAGGCGAAACUCGACGAAAUUCGAAACCAGCACACCCACUGUUAUACCCUAGAGAUCGUCUUGGAUCUGGAUCCAGAACUUUAUUCUUUCCUGGAUCCACAACCCAGAUCAAAACAUUUUUCAGUGUUUCCUUGAUUUUUCCUUGAAGACCCUCACCUAA